UACAAAUGUCCUUCAUCAACCACGACAUUGUUUCUUUCCAAUUAACCCUUCCGAUUCUUUGCCUCAUCAGAUUCAAUUUUUGAGCUAAUUGAAUAAACAGGAAACUGGCAACAAAUCACGCACGCCAUCUACCUGCUCUCAAAAAACAUCGCCUUCACUUACUUGAGCUUCAAGACUGGACCGGACCAUUCAACUUCUGAGCGGCAAUAUCGUACGUGCUCUUCACUUGAUAUCAUUUCCAAAAAUGGCAGGCGGAGCAGACCUGGACGAGCCGCCGAGGCAAUCCGACAGCACCACCGACCGAAAGCGACCUGCAGAUUCAACACAUGAGAUAGGCUCUGCCGAUGUGCCCAGAGAUCGAGCAGGCAACAAGACUUAUGAUAUCAGCAAGCUAGAGCCCGCACGCAAGCGGCAGCGCUCCAAGUCGCCUAGUGGUGAAGCUGCUCCCAGGAAGCUCAAGCGACCUGGCGCUCGUGCAACUAUUUCGGAAGCAGAUCGCAAGGCCGCGAGGGAACGCGCACUCGAGCGUGAGCGAUUGGCUCGGGAGGCCGCCACAGCAGAUGAGGAGCGUCAGCAGAUCAAUGAUGUAGUCAAAGCUCACUACAACGCCGUACCAGAGAGGGGUCGCGAUUGGCGCAAGACCGAUAGUCGUAUCAAGGGUCUCCGCUCGUUCAACAACUGGAUCAAGAGCUGCAUCAUUCAGAAAUUCUCUCCUGACGAGGACCACCAGCCAGGAAGGGGCGGUGGUCCCAGCAUACUAGUACUGGACAUGGGUUGUGGCAAGGGUGGUGAUCUGGGCAAAUGGCAACAGGCCCCUCAGCACGUUGAGCUGUACGUCGGCAUGGAUCCUGCCGAUGUGAGUAUCGACCAGGCUAGGGACCGCUAUCGCAGCAUGAGCAGCCGGGGUGGCCGCGGUGGAAGGGGAGGACGUGGUGGUGGUCGUGGUCCGGCUAGGUUAUUCGAGGCCCGCUUUCACGUCAAGGAUUGCUUUGGCGAGCCCAUCAGCGACAUUGACAUCAUACGUCAGGUUGGCUUUGAGAGCGGACCCCACGGUGGUGGGCGUGGCUUUGAUGUUGUCAGCAUGAUGUUUUGUAUGCACUAUGCAUUCGAGACGGAGCAAAAGGCACGCCAGAUGCUUAAAAAUGUCGCAGGGGCUCUGAGGAAAGGUGGACGCCUCAUUGGUGCUAUUCCCAACUCGGACGUCAUCAGUACCAAAGUCCGCGAGCACAAUGAACGCAUGGUAGAAAUGAAGAAAAAACAGGCAGAGGCUGGUGACGGUUCAAAGAAAGAUGACGGUGGCGAUGCCGAGGAGGGCGAGCUUGACGAGCCAGAGGUUGAGAAGUCGGCAGAAUGGGGCAAUGAUAUUUACCGGGUCAGGUUCCCGGGGAAGACGCCGGAGGACGGCAUUUUCCGUCCACCUUUCGGUUGGAAGUAUAACUUCUUUUUGCACGAGGCAGUCGAAGAGGUCCCUGAGUAUGUGGUACCAUGGGAGGCUUUCCGUGCCUUGGCCGAAGAUUACAACCUGGAGCUGCAGUGGCACCGAAGUUUCAAAGAGAUUUGGGAUCAAGAGAAGGAUGACCGAACCCUCGGCCCCUUGAGUGAGAGGAUGCAUGUGCGAGACAGGAAUACCGGCGAACUGCUGGUCAGCCCUGAGGAGCUGGAGGCUGCGAAUUUCUACGUUGGCUUCUGCUUUUACAAGGUCUAGCUACACUAGCGAUGGCUUGUUUUUUUGAAAGCCCUGCGCUGGUCCCGCUGGCACGAUUAUGACUUGGUCAAUCAAGUAUUAGAUCACAGAUAGACAGUUACUACUGAAACACCCAGCGUCUGCGCUGGUGAUGAUUUAUACUGGUGGGGCACGGCCAAAGUAGAAGCUUUCUACCAUACCUUUGAGAAUACGUGGUACUCAACGGGAUGUAUGAAAAGGUUUGUCUGAUGUUACUACGCAGCACUAUUUCAUACUACCACGUAAUUACGUGACUGGAACUUCUGUGCUGACCAAUUUCGUCUGAUGUCGAUACAUACAGUAGACUCGUUCCGCCGCUGCUGGGUCAUACAUCGUACUUUUUUUUUUCUUUUUUUUCCUUUUUUUCUUUUUUUGCUACAUUACGCCUCGUCAGU